CGCCUGACGUGUCCUCGUGUCACGCUGGAUCCGGCGUUUCUGGACCCGUCAACAUUUUCCCCUCACCUCCACCUGUCAGUUGUUUCGUCGGCUGCCUCAGAGCCACUUCACCCGGCUUUCAGGUGUAAAUCUUACCAGAACCACCAACACAUUAGACGGACCCGGACGGAACCGACGUCCAUUCAGCGGAACAAUGUCCAGCUUCGACAGCAACCCAUUCGCGGACCAGGACUUUAGCAACCCGUUUCAGGAUCCAUCGGUGACACAAGCAAGACAGACGGCCACUGCAGGGCCAGAGGAGUACAACCCCUUCACAGAUGCCAAACCAAGCCCUGCAGGUAUGGCUCCCAGGAGUGCAGGCCCCGGGGCCACCACACAGCCUGCCAUCAUGAGGGCCUCAGAGGAGCCUCCAGCCUACUCACAACCUCAGGCGCAGGAGUCGUCAGGAGCAGCUUCUGAGCUUCUGCGGAGGCAGGAGGAGCUGGAACGGAAGGCGGCGGAGCUGGACCGACGGGAGAGGGAGAUGCAGUCCCUCAGCGCGUCAGGAGGCAGGAAAAACAACUGGCCUCCUCUCCCGGAGAAGUUCCCGGUGGGGCCGUGUUUCUACCAUGACAUCACCGUGGAUAUUCCUGUCGACUUCCAGAAGACGGUCAAAAUCAUGUACUACCUCUGGAUGUUUCACGCUGGGACGCUGCUGGCCAACCUGGUGGGCUGCCUGGCCUGGUUCUGCGUGGACCCAGCACGCGGAGUGGACUUUGGCCUGUCCAUCCUCUGGGUGCUGCUCUUCACGCCUUGUUCUUUCGUCUGUUGGUACAGACCGCUUUACGGAGCAUUCAGGAGCGACAGCUCUUUCAGAUUUUUUGUCUUCUUCUUUGUGUACAUCUGUCAGUUUGGCGUCUACGUCCUCCAGAGUAUUGGUAUUACUGGCUGGGGUGCGAGCGGUUGGAUCUCGGCUUUGACUGGCCUGAACAAAAGCGUCCCGGUGGGCAUCCUAAUGAUCCUCAUUGCAGCUCUCUUCACCUCCCUGGCUGUCCUGUCCCUCAUUAUGUUCAAGAAGAUCCACGCGCUCUACCGUACCACUGGCGCCAGCUUCGAGAAGGCCCAGCAGGAGUUUGCCACCGGCGUCAUGGCCAACAAGACGGUUCGGACGGCGGCUGCCAACGCCGCCUCCACGGCUGCGCAAGAAGCAUUCAAAGAGCAAGUCUAAUCAACGUGAAGAGCUCAGUCCCCUCCCGCCGCCCUCUCUUAUUGAGCCUCCCUCCAGCUGUCAGACGGGAACUGAGGAGGUUAACAAGCGGCCUUUGAUCUGACAUUCGACCACAAUCUCAGCCUCAGUGAGAAACAAUCACCUGGAACGUUCCUGGGACCCGGCCGUGUUGCGCACUCUGGAACCUCCUCUUAACCACUUAACUGGUGUGCUCGACUUCCUUUGUGUGGAUUCACGUGUGUGUGUGUGUGUGUGUGCACGCGCGCGUGUACGUGUGUGUGUGGCCAAGUUAAAUGCUUGUGUGCCUUUUUGGAUGUUUGCUGUUGCCUGUAGGAUCAGGGACAGAUACUUCCUACUCUCUCACUGUCUCUGAGAUCUUCGGGGCGUUUUUCCCUCCAUUAACCACUUUGGAAUACUUUGACCUCUCGUUCAAAUCAUUUGACAUUAAUGAGUUUAUUAUUUGGUGAAAAGAAAAUGCAAAAAUGUCUUCUGGUACUUUUAAACUAUGUUAAAAUCAAAAGGUGCAUAACUUAAGACCAGGGACCCCUAGUGGAGGGACUGUAUUUCUAAAAGAUGGAUGCUGUGCAUUCUAGGUCAUGACCUUGUAUUUUUCCAUCCUUGCUUUUUUAUCUCCAAGCUUUAGUGCAAAUUCUGGAGUCAUUCACCCAAAAUCUUAAACUCUCCAAUCAAGUCUGUGUUGCAUUUUUAUGCACAGUAGUUAAGCAGAUUAAGGUAGUGCAAAAACAUUAAAUUGAGGAAACUUGUAUCAGCAGCUGUAGUGAAACAUUGUCCUCUAGAUGGCAGUGUUGAUUUAUCAGCAAACCACAAGUAUCUAUCCAAUCAUGACUUCCUCUGUUCAUCCAGGGGGUGGAGCCUAUCACCUGUCCAUCCUAUCCUUUCCCCUUACUGUUUUCUUUUUUGUUGUACGUUUAAAAAAAAAAAAAGCAAGUUUGAAAUAUUUAACUUCUAUUUGAUGUCAUUUGCUUUGAAACGUUUCUCCUAUUUUGUAACAGAAACAGACCUUGGAAAAAAUUAACUAUUUAUCCUUUUUCCUGACAUGUUUUUUGCUUGUAUCAUUCAACGUACUCUUUCCAUUGUGCAAUCCAAAGAACAUGGCACUUUAAAUUUGGAAGUAAAGUUCAGACUCCGAUGAAGACAUCAGUUACUGUCAGUGCAUUUUAUCUUCUAAAAGAAAAAACAUUUGAGUAUGUAUUUUUCUAGAGAUAUUACGAGCCCCAAGGUGCUUUCCAUUGCUUGAAUGUCUCCUCGAUCACAGUUUGUGUUAUGAAGUAUAACAGCCGCAUAAGCCUUUGAAGGAAGAUGUAUAAAAAAAAACAAAAAUAAGUCUUUAUUUACUGUCCGUCUCCCAUCAAUGAUGUUACUAAGCAACAAGAGGUCAUUCAUGAAAGAAGGGUAUUUCUGCAUGUUACCUACUGAUUUUUUUUAAUUUGAUCAAUAAUGUGGUAAAACUGAGAGAAGUGCUUAACUUUUAUGCUGUGUGUUCAUGUAGAUGCACAGUGGCUUCAGGUUAUUCCUUACAGUCAGCAUGGUUUGAUAUAUACACUGGUACUUAAUUUAUCUCUAAGCCAUUUCUGAUGACUGUAGAGGGGGGAGAAGGACUGUAUGUAUACUUUGUAUGCUCUCAGAUGGUUUGGUGUCAUUUUAAAAUGCACACUGGUUUUACCUUCAGUCAUGUGUUGAGUAGUUUGAGAUUGAGUUUUGUAUAUUUAUUGUUCUAAUGAAUAAAAUUCUCCUUAUGGCUU